GCCUUGGUCAGGACAAUCCGGGUUUUUGAACGGUGCCAUCUUGCCUUGCAGCACGAGGGCGAUUUCUCCAACGAUUGCCUGGUGGAAUUGAACGAGUCCCAAUCCAGAAACGAUUACCAUUUGGUGCGCCAGUACCGCACCCCACACCACCUUGUGCGCUUCUACUUCAUCACCCGUGCUUAUUCGUCCUAUGUGGAGAGCAUCUUGAACGACUUCCGGGCGGCUCUGGAGGCGGACCUGGUCCCCGAUGUUGUCAUCCUGCAUUCUUGCCUCUGGGACCUCAACAGAUACCACGAUGCUUUUUCCACGGAGCCGCCGGUCCCCAAAGCGAUCCGAGAAUACCGCCAGAACGUGGAGAAGCUCUUCCAAGCGUUGGACGAGGUCCUUCCUUCAAGCACUCUCAUCAUUUGGAACACGGCCAUGGCCAUCACCAAAGAUGCCCGCGGAUACGUCAUCGAGCAACCCUGCAAGGUGUCAGCCCAGGAUAUGAUAGAAGCCAACUUCUACAGCACCAACCUGGCCCGAGGGUUCUGGUUCGACGUCCUGGACCUCCACUACUACUUCCGGUUCCUGCAGGACUUCCACAGCCCCGACGGCAUCCACUGGAACUUCCGGGCCCACCGCUACCUGACCAAGCUCCUGCUGACCCACCUGGCCGAAGCUUGGCAGGUCCAACUGCAGAAACAGAGGCCGCUGAUGGGCAAGUGGGGAAGGGGGGGGAGAAAGUGUGGGGGGAGGGGAGGGGGGCUUGGAAAGCAGGAGCCCCCCCUUGCAAUGCUGGGUGGGUGGGGGCUGCUGGGAUUCCCACCUCCUAUUCCCCCCCACCAACUAGGAUGCAGAGCUAGGCUUUUAAGGAUGAUGGAAAAUAAUUGGAUUUAGGGGGUCCCCUUAAAAAGGGUAACUACGGUAAGAAGGAAACGAGUGGGUGAAAAAAAAUGAAUGCACACAUACCGGCUGUUUAAAAAGUAUCAGAAAUGGCUUCUUUAUAAUUUUUCCUUUCCUUUCCUUCCCUUCC